AUAACUUAGAUUGCUGCACUUACCUCAUUUUAACAAAAAUAAUUUAGAUUACACCUCAUUUUAACAAAAAUAAUUUAUUAAUCUAAACCAAAUUGUCCUGAAAGUAGACUGCAUCUUCAUAAACUGGAGGACAAAUUCCAGGGCUGCUACCCUUUUUCUUUUUUGGCUGUCACUAUUUGUUUUCAUUAGUCUGCUAUCAGAUCGAAACCAUGAUUUUAUAGCUAUGGAAACAACUCUCUUAUUUAUUUGAUGAAUUCAUUCUCCAAGUCUUUUUAUAAAGUUGAACUUAUCUUCAGCUUCUUAUUCUUAUCAUUUUUUCUUGUCUAAGAGUUUAAUCUCCAGGGCAAUGAUCAAAGCAGCAUUCAACGUUCUUUUAGUCGUUUUAGCGAUCCAUUUAGCAAAUAGUCGCUCUAUUAGAGAUGAGAGUUCCAUUCUACUAUCAGAUGGUAUGGAUCAAAAGAACCAAUCCGUUAUCCUACAACUUGAUGAUCUCAGAACAAGUGUUACUUGCGAGCCAACUUAUGGCUUCUUGCCUUGCACGACGGAGGUUUGGGGCCAGCUUUUCCUCAUGAUUGUAUAUGAGUACCUGCUGUCCCUUUCAGCAAAAUACAUUUCAGAAGGAUCUGAACUUUUUCUUGAAACGUCUGGAACUGAAAACAUAUUUAGUGCUAACUUGUUUCAAAUGCUUGGCAUGUUCCCACAAGUUAUAUUGGUUCUAGUGGCUGCAGUAGGAGGAGAAGCGGAUACUGUUGAAACAAUGGCAGAAAUGGGAAUGGGCUUGCUUGCAGGAUCAGUAAUCAUGAACCUUACGCUAAUCUGGGGUUCUGUUGUUGCAUUUGGCAGCUAUGACCUUUCACAGACCUCAACUUCAUCAAAUACGGAAAGCCAGAACAAAUUCAGUUUAACUGGUUAUGGUGUAACCACUGAUGAUAAAACCAAACAUACAGCAGGAAUCAUGCUUUUGUCUAUGAUUCCAUUUCUUUUACUUCAACUGGCAAAAAUUCUGAGCUCAUCUUCGGCGAAAAAAGUUGUGCUCAUAGUUUCUCUCAUCAUAACUCUCAUUUACCUCAUUGCUUACUUGAUCUAUCAGGCUUUGACGCCAUGGAUUCGAGAAAGAAGACUUCAAUAUUUGAUGCGCAAAUAUGUACAGAAGAAUCUUUUACAAGCUCUAUGUACACCUGAUGGGAAGCCUGAUGAGGCCAAUCUAAAAGAGCUAUUUCGCAAGAUUGACCAGAACAGCAAUUCUCAAAUAUCAGCUUCUGAAAUGAGAGCAUUAAUGCUUGGCAUACAAAUAGAAGAGGCUGGAUCAAGUAAGGAUGAAUUUGUGUCAAAAGUAAUGGAAGAGUUUGAUAUCUCUGGUGAUUCUAGUAUAAGUGAGAAUGAGUUCGUUCAAGGGCUGUCCAAAUGGCUUAGCGAAGCUAACGUCUCAGGAAAUGAUCAAACUAAAAAGACCAACAAAAAGUCGUCUACUGCCACCAGUAAUAGCACUAGCACUAGCAGCAAUUCAAAGGGAACUACUGAAGAGCAGCAGGGUCUGGUGACCAAAAGUCAGGAAAGCAAGGAUACUGAUAACAGUGUUUUAUGGGACUAUGCUAAGGCUGUUUUUUUAAUAAUCUCUGGAACUGCUGUUACUUUUUUGAUUGCAACACCUCUAAUGACAACUCUUCAAGAUUUUGCAACAGCUAUAAACAUUCCAUCCUUCUUGGUUUCAUAUUUUGUAGUACCUUUAGCUUUGAGCUUUAAGCAGGCAUACAGAGCAAUAACUUCUGCCAGAGAGAAGACAGAAAAUGCCGCCUCUUUGACACUUUCAGAGCUCUAUGGCGGAGUAUUCAUGAACAACGUCAUGGGCUUGGCAAUCUUCCUACUGCUUGUUUGUAUAAAGGAUUUGUCAUGGGAUGUUUCAGCAGAAAUUCUGGUGGUUCUGAUUAUUUGCAGUGGGAUGGGUAUUUAUGCCACCUUCUCCACCAAAUUCCCAUUCUGGACUAGCAUUAUAGCAUAUGCUCUGUACCCUAUAUCUUUGGCAUUUAUUUAUGUCCUUACCACUUACUGUGGAUGGGGCUAAUAAAACUAGCAAUUCUGAUAUAUUUUCACCAUAAAGAAUUAAUCAAUAGGAUUGGAUGGAAAGUUCUCCAGAAUAAGGGGUGGGCUAUUGGCAACGUUUUCAGUAUCAGGUUGAUUAAUGCACAUAUCAAACCUUUUUUUUCUGGUCAUUAUUGUAAGAUCAUCCAUUAGAUAGUUGUUCUAUGUUUUGGACAUGUCUGUCUUUGUUCUGCAAGUCUAGUUUUGUACAAUAAAGAUAUGCUACUGAAUUAGCCAUUUUUGGAA